UGCGGGGCGGGCACGUGCCGCACAGCUGGGGCUUCCUGCGGCCGGGGCCGCGCCGGGGCCCGACCGCGCCUCCGCCCCGGCUCCGGCACCGGCACCGGCUUCAGCUCCAGAACCGGCACCGGCUCCGGCUCGCCAUGGCGCACUCGGCGCCGCUCGGCCUCCUGGAGCAGGGCUGCCCCAUCCAGGUGGAGCACGAUCGCAAGCGGCGGCAGUUCACCGUGCGGCUCAACGGUUGCCACGACAAGGCCGUGCUGCUCUAUGAGUACGUGGGGAAGCGGAUCGUGGACUUGCAGCACACGGAAGUGCCGGAUGCCUACCGGGGGAGAGGAAUAGCCAAGCACCUGGCAAAGGCAGCCCUGGACUUCGUGGUGGAGGAGGACCUGAAGGCCCACCUGACGUGCUGGUACAUUCAGAAAUACGUCAAGGAGAACCCGCUGCCACAGUACCUGGAACACUUGCAGCCUUAAGGCAGGACUGCUCCCACACCAGCACAGCUGUCCCUGACUGUUCAACGCGGCCUUCGCUUCUCUGCAGUCUCAGGAAACCCUUUCCCACACUCACAAUUCCCGUUUUUUUUAAGCGUGUCCACGCGGCGCGUGAGUGUGGGCACGACCUCCUCCUCUCUGCCCACGUGUGAGCAUGGCUACAGCCCCUGGGCCAGGCUGGCUCUGGGCACACGUGGUGCCCCCCAGUGCUUUUCCCAAGCCAGGGGAUAGAAGAGGGUGAUAUUCCCACCAAACUCCAUUGGAAGGCCAGGGGAUGACUUGUUCUGCACCUCAUCCUCUCCCCUCUGCUUGGCAACAUCUCUGAACUUGCUGGAGGAUGUUGGUUAGGUGUGGUCAUGGGGUACCAGCCCCCCUUUCCUGCUGGCAGCUGGGGAGAUGCUGUGGAUUAAGCUUUGUGGGACAGAGGGAAGCGCUGGAGGUGCCCCAGCCCUGUGUCAGGUCCAUCCUCUGUUGGGCACCAAGCUGUGUCCAAGCCCACAUGCAAUCAUACAAGAACAUGUGGACCACGGUGGCACCUUGGGGGCUUUGCUGCACUGGUUGUGGAGACACUGGGAUGGACAGCUUGGAGCCUAGAGACAAGACCUGUGUGAAGAGUGGACUUGGACUGCAGAGGCUGUGGCAGAGUCUGUGUAGAGGAAGAAAUGUGGCUGAGUUGCAGAUGCUGCUCCUUGGAGAUGCCAGUUUCUGUAUAGAACCCUAAAGUGGCAUCCCCACAGGGUCAUGGACUGUUAUUCCUGUCUCCCUGCCCUUGGUGUGGGCACAGCCUGCUCAGGAGAAGAGCCCAGCCCCACAUCCAGCCCUGGCCUAGGCGAUGAGAGACAUCCAAGGGCACCAGGGUGGUUUCCUGCAGCUGAAGAGUAAGGCUCCCCUCAUUCCCCCCAUCUGCUCCAUCUCUGCAUCCCUGUCAGUGCUCCAGAUCAGCCUCAUCGUGACAUCCUGAGAGCAGCAGUGAGGCCUCCAGGACUGCUCCUGGCCCAUCUCCAGGGUUCAGUGCUAGAGGCGCCUGCGUCCAUGUGGAUUCUGAUGGUUUCUCCUUACAGCCUUUGGAAAGAAGCCCUGGCUCAUGGCAUUACCUGUCUGCUCAGUGGCCUCCUCACAGCUCCAAGCUCAAGGCACUGGUGGCAUCGUGGGGACCUUGGCCAGCAACAGGAACACCCUCAUUUUGUGAGGAGCACCCUCUUACCUCCGUGGAUGACAAUUCUGUAGCACAACCCAGCAUUGCCACACUCAGAUGUAGAGGUAACACCCUGAUGGCAGGGCACUGCCAGGUUCCAGCUUGCUGCCUGUCCUGCCUUGCCUGGGUUUUCUAGGGCCUGAGCUACACCUCAGAGCAUCUCACACUGAGCUCUCAGGAUUUUGGAGUGUCCCAGGGCAGGGCUGUGGUGAGGGAAAUGUUUUUCAACACACCCAGCCCUGAACAGCACCUGGGGGCUGCAGCCAGGCAGGAGAUGGAAAGUCUCUCACCUGGAGACCAAAUCCAGACCUUGCUUAGCUCAGCGGGGACUAAAGUUUACAAUCUGUGCCACGGAGUGACUGAAACCCCAGGUGAGAGACAGCUCAGCCCUUUCCCAGAGCCCAGCACAAAAUCCAUGGCAGCAGAGGCAAAAACUACAAUCUUCUCUCCUGGUUGGAGUGGCCAGAGAUGGAGACCCUGUGCCAGGAUUUCAGUCUGAGCUGUCCCUGGCCACCAGCUCGAGGUGAACCCUUGCUGCCUGCCUGUGCUUUUGGGCUGCCCAUCACCAGCAUAGUGCAGCCCUCUCAGGCUUCCUAACCUCCCAAACUCCAUCCCUGCCCUGCACACUGCAGGCUGUGAGACUCCUACCCAUGCCCACCACCUGUGCCAGGGGGCAGAGCCACCUCUGCCUUGUGCUGCUCAGGAAAGGCCUCGAGCUCAGCCCUGCCUCUGCUUCAUUUCUGCUCUCCUGCUGCUUAUUUCACCCAGGCUGUGACCUUUAGGGUGGCUUUGAGGGACUGGGAAAGGGUGGCAGGUAACAAACUAAAGGGACUCAAGAAGAAAGUUGGGCUGCUAAAUGUUCCUUCUUUAACAUGCAAAACACACUUCAACAGAUAGUUACAGGAGCAAGGCUGGCUCUGGUACUGCUGUGAUGACUGAACCAUCCCUUCUCUUGAUUCCAAGGUGAAGCUGAACUGUUUUCUCCCCUGGAAGCCAAGAUAACACACUUGUGUCUUUGCCACAGCGGGGCUGGGUGCUCAGGAGCGAUGUUUGAGCCCAGUGCUGUGAGCCUCUGUUCUGGUUUUGUGCUCAUUUCCACUGUGUGUAGUCUCCAGCAGCUCCCUGUUGUGUCAGCUCACUGGAGGGUGUGCUGUGCUGUCUGGGCAGUGUCCCAGUGUCCCAGCCUGGCUCUGGAGCCCCUCGUGCUGCUCUGGCAGGAACCUCGUGCUUCCCGGCGCUGGAUCACCCGCAGCGAUCGCUGCCUUAAAUCAGGCACAGCACACGGUUUUGCUGCUGCUUCCCUUCGAGGUGCUACAACCCCCCCAGCGUCUGACCUGACAGAGACGUGUGCCAGUGUCUGUGCCAACCAUUUCUCUGCUGUGUCCAUGCUCUGUCCCAGCCUUCCCUCCUCCUCAAUGCCAGUGAAUAGCAAUACCUGCAGGUCACCAGCGUUGCUGCAGUCCACGGUGCUCCUGUGACCCUGCAUGGCCGGGUGGGACCCGGCUCGGGGUCCCUCGGUGCUGGGUAGCCCUUCCCUGCCUCCCCACCAGCUGCCUUUUCCCAGCUGGUCUCUGCAGAAAGGAGCUUUGAGACCUGUGCUGCCCCUUGGUGCUGAUUAAGCCUGGAGGAGUUUGGGAUCUUGGACUUUUCCCCGGGCAACAGGAGUGUGGAAGUGGUUUGGUUGAAUACUGAGCUCCCCAAACCCAUUUGAACUGCAGACUUUUGGUGGGUGGGUGAAUGCAGGUGGCUGUCAAACCUGCUUCCACAGCCCCCAACUUGAAACACCCCUCCCUUAUCUGCUCUCCAGCAUUGUCUUCCUCUGUCCAAGGUUUCCGUUCUGUUGGAUUCGGUGGUUACGAUGUGCCUUUCCUUCUCAGGACCUGUUACAAACAACCUUUCUGCUCUUGUUUAUGUUUAACAUUUAUCUUGAUCCCUCCCUCUGUCAUACUAUAAAACAUGAACAUAAUGCAUGGAAUACAAUACAAUAAAAGUGUGGCUUAACUGA